UUGGGGAUAAAGUAUGCUGACAUGGCUCUCUCUUAUUGGCGGGAAAGCUUGCUUACUACCCAUUUCAUUUCAUCUGCACCAUCACCGUUGUCCCAUGCUAAGCUAUUUGCUUGUCUUUCACCAAAGCUAAUCAAGAGGUCAAUGGAGAAGUGGGAAUAGGCACCGAACUCUGCUGCGCUGGCAUUCAUUCAUGGCUCCAACUCUCACUUCUAAUCCAUUCCUCCCCAAACCUAUACCCACACCCCAUUCCAGACUUGUAAGUUUGCGGAUUCCUAAGCUCACCGUUUUCGCAAAGAAGUCUGGUCCAUUCCCGUCCUUCCGUCUUAGCAGCGCCGGUGACUCUUCCGGCCAGGACGAUCAGGAAAGCUCCGCCAAUUCGAGCCCCUUCCGUUUCGAUUUUGGGAAGAUUCCUGAUGUUAAGUCUCUGGUCCCUCUCUCGCCGACCAAUCCUGCUUCCGGCUUGUCUUUCGGCCGCCAGCGCCGGAAGGACGCCGGAACGGUGUUCGUCGCCGGUGCUACUGGCCUAGCCGGAGUCCGCAUUGCUCAGACGCUUCUCCGGGAGGGGUUUAGUGUUAGAGCUGGUGUCCCUGAUCUCGCUGCUGCUCAAGAGCUCGCUGUUUUAGCUGCUCAAUAUAAGAUUAUCUCUAAUGAGGAGGCGAAACGCUUCAACGCUGUUCAAUCUACCUUCCAAGAUGCAGAAUCAAUUGCGAAAGCGAUUGGGAAUGCAAGCAAAGUUGUUGUUACCAUUGGUCCUUUUGAGAAUGGACCAACGAAAGAGGUCACGGCAUCUGAUGCCUUGCAGGUUAUUCAGGCUGCUGAGUUAGCUGGUGUUGGCCAUGUGGCCAUUGUGUAUGAUGGAUCAGCGUCAUCAUCUACAUACAACGUCCUUGAUGGCAUUACGUCGUUCUUCAACACUCUGUUUUCGCGGUCUCAGCCAUUGACACUCCAAGAAUUUUUGCAGAAGAUAAUAGAGACGAAUAUCAGUUAUACGCUCAUAAAGACCAGCUUAACCGAGGACUUUGCCCCCGAGAGCUCGUACAAUGUUGUGGUGUCUGCUGAAGGAACUACUGGUGCGAACGAUUACAAAGUUGCCAAGUCACAGAUUGCUAAGCUGGUAGCAGAUGUUUUCACCAACACUGCAGUGGCUGAAAAUAAGGUUGUGGAAGUGAGUACUGAUCCCGUAGCUACAAAGAGGACUGGAGAUGAACUUUUUAGUGCCAUACCGGAGGAUGGUCGAAGAAAAGCUUAUGCAGAAUCUGUUGCAAAAGCUAAGGCAGAGCAAGAAGCCACAGAAGCAAGUGAGAAAGCUCAGCAAGCAGCUAAAGAAGCUAAGAGGCUAGAAGAGGAAGUGAAGAAGCGUGAGCAGCAAGAAACCAAGGCCGUUAAUCUUGCCAAAGAAGCUGUAGAGAAGGCUGCGGCUGCUGGAAUAUCAGUGGAUGGCCUUUUGGAUAAAGCAAAGGGGUUCAGUUCUGGACUGUCUUGGCAAAAGUUUAGCUCACAGCUUAACUCCGCCGUUCAAGAGCGUACUGAGGAGGUGGAGGAACCAAAAGCAAAGGGAUUGAACUCCGGACUGUCUUGGGAAACUUUCAGCUCGCAGCUUAAAUCCGUUGUUCAAAAGCCUAGUGAGGAAGAGGAGGAGGAGGAACCCAAAGUGCGGCUUGCUACUGUUAGGGGACAGGCCAAGGCGAGGAAUUUGCCUGCACAGAAAGCAGUAGUCAAGUCUGCAGCACCGAAACCAAAACCGAAGCCAAAACCAGCAGAGGCCCCUAAGCCCAAAGCCAAACAAACUGAUUCAAAGGCAGAAGUGAGGAAGGUUUUUGGUGGGCUGUUCCAACAAGAGACCAUCUACAUUGAUGAUGACUGAAAGGAGAUAUAGUAAGAGUAUGUAUCUAAUUUUUCUGAUUUUAUUUGAUUCAACGCUUUUUACUUUUAGAGUACUAUCUUAAGUAUUGAUGCCAAGGGUGGUUGGUUUAGAGAGACUGAGCAAGAAAUAUGUACAGUCCUGCACACAAUAAUUAUCCUUGUCAAUUGAGAGGUUUGGCUUGUAAUUGUAAUUGUAAUUCCAAUUAUUGCUUGUACUUUAGCUUAUUAGCCAUAA